AUGGGUUGGGUAGCUGUGGGUGUGCUUAUCGCAACAACGGGCUACUUUCUCUACCGUUACCCUCCUCGCAGCUGGGUCGAACCUCGUUCUUUUGCCUCUCCGGAACCUAAACCCGACGCGCCGGUUGCUGCCACCGCAAGCGAGCCUGUGCAGCGGAAGCAUGGCCCACGGGCCUCGACGCCAUCAAUAGAGACAGAGGAGGAGGAUUCCCAGAGCACACCCAAGGCUUCGGCCUCGAGCGUACCACUCCCCGUCCUUGCGGUCCCCACAUUCAGCCUAGACAGCGGCGGAAGCGAGACAUCGCAAGCUGCCGCGAUGCCGUCCAUUCCACAAACCGUGAAUGGAACAGCAGAGGAACGACCUUCGACAAACCAUGAGGCACCAAAGUUCAAACCGCCACCGCAGCCAUCCCUCGCACCCCCUCCAAAACCACAACCAUCUAUACCCCCGAGAGCAACAACAACCGGCACUUCUUCCCUAAUGCCUCCUCCCCCAGUACCACGGCCCCGACCAGCAACUCAGGCGAACCGCCUCGCCCCCACAAGCACACUUCAACCCCCACGGCUCAGCGGCAACUCCCUCGGUCCACCACCAUCAGCAGCCGCCUCCCAGCGCGGCCUAGGCGCACCGAGGAGCGGCAGUCGUCUUAGCAGCAGCACCCUAGCCCCGACACAAGUAUCCUUGAAAAAGUCGUCAUCGCGCAAAGUGGUUCUGGAGCCGGGAUUCUCGCCCCUUGACUGGGCAGCGCUAGCAGCGAACCCGAAGAACAAGCUCCGCGGCGAAGGCCUUCCCCCAGGCCUUUUGCGGGUCACACCGUCAAUGCUGAAGGAGCAGCACGGACGUAAGGGUCGUGAUGCCUGGACCUCGUACCAUGGAAAGGUGUACAAUAUCUCGCCCUACGCCCCUUACCAUCCAGGUGGGAAGGGUGAACUCCUUCGAGGCGCGGGGAAGGACUCUGCACAGUUGUUCCAGGAGAUCCACCCGUGGGUCAACUGGGAGGGGAUCCUUGGCGAGUGUCUGGUAGGAAUUCUGGUUUCCGAGCAUGAUAUCCAAACCGAGAAUGCUCUGGACGCGAUGGACUGA